AACAUCCGGAAUGGCUGAAUUCCCAAAUCUUGGCAAACAUUGUAGCUUAGAAGGUUGUAAGCAAAUAGAAGUUCGAAGAUCUACAUACCAAAGAAAGAAUUAAAAACUCUAGCACUAUGAGGAGAAGUUACAGUAAUCUUCAUGACAUUGUUGACAAUUUACGUUUUGGAUCUGAAAAAUAUUUCCAAACAUUUAUUGAAAAGAAAGGAGAUCUAAAUCUCAGUGAUGGAUAUGGAAGAACCCUCUUGAUGUGGAGUGUUUUGGAUGGAAAAACCCAACGGGUUCAAGCCUUGAUUGAUGCAGGGUGUAGGUUGAAUCUAGGGGAUAGAAAUAAAGAUACAGCAUUAAUGCAUGCUGUCCAGACUUCUAAUAUAGAGAUUACUCAAGUACUGGUUUUGCAUGGUGCCAUAAUAAAUACUAUAAAUGAGGAAAACUCCACACCACUUAGUGAAGCAGUACAACAGAAUAACUUACAAAUGGUUAAACUUCUAUUAUUGUAUGGAGCAGACAGCAAUUACAUUUGUGGUCAUAGGCAUUUACAAAAUAUUAGAACUGCAUUGACCACUGCCAUAGAGAAUGACCAAGAGGAAAUAAUUUGUGCCAUUCUCUCUGCCAGACAGACAAAUGUUAGUCUACAUUUGAGUGUUUGUAUUCAAAGUCACAAUUUGGGAACAUUUCAAUUUUUGCUUGCACAUGGAGCAGAUGUCUUUUAUAGUGGUGUCGAGGGAUCUAUUGGUGAAACAAUUCUUAAUGAAUAUCUCAAUGGACAUCUCCAAGCAGAGAAAUUUUUGAUCAGUUUAUUCAAAGAAAAUGGAUUUUGUACAUCCAUUUCAAAGAAGAAUGACAUUAUGAAGUGUCUCAUUCAUCUACAAAAACAAUGCACAUAUUCAAAAACAAAAGAGAAGCUAAUGCCAAUUAUUCUUAAAUAUUUGUUGCCUCUAGGGAUAAUCCCAGAUGCAACAAUAAAAUCAAAAAUAAGCAUGUAUGCUCCAGACACCAGAGGACCUUUACCUAUUCCUUGUCUUCAGAAACUGUGUAGAACAGCCAUCCGAGAGGCAAUGUGUUUUGGAAUUUCAUUAAAGACUGAUAAACUGCCUCUUCCAGUGAGACUGAAAAACUUCAUUUUAUUUGAUGAAAUAGGUUUUAAAAGAUGACUUGUAUACAUGUGGUUGAUAAAGAAAAUCAAAUAUUUGGAA